CAUCACGUGACAUUGACAUAUGUUAUUGACAAAUGUGAAAAUUUUUCAAUCUGUUAUUAUUCUGUUUAAUUCCUUAUUUACCAAAAAUUACAAUUGAGUAUUAACACUAAUAAUAAUUUGGAGUAUUUAUAUUGAAAGAACUGGGAGCAAUGGACGAGUUUGAAGUUUUUGAACAAGAAAAAAGUUUCUGGAAUCCUCUAAAUUCAGUCAUUUACAUCCUUGAAACUUAUGGCUGGUAUCUGCUAAUUGCUUGUAUAGCUCUAAUAGUUAUUUACCAGAAAACUCUAAAAUCUUACAUACAAAAAUUCAGGGAAUAUAAGUUUGAGAGAGACUAUGCGGCUAAAUAUCAUAAAAAUCCUGAUGUUUUUGCUGCACAUGUCAAUGCCCAACAACAAUGGGCCCAAAAACUCCAAGAAAAAUAUAACAAAGAAUCUGAAGAGUAUCAAAGAAAAAUGAAAGAAAAAGAAGAGAAAAAGCGAGAAGAACUUCAGAGGAAGUAUGAGCCUUCUGGAGGUCAUGUUUUGGGUAGAAAAGAUGACACAAGUAAUCUACGUCCAGGAUAUAACCCACUGAUGGGCGCCGGAAGUUCAUCGAAUUAUCGCCCACCCAGGAAAAGUCCAUGUGGAGGUGGAGGAUGUGGCAGAUAAGACUCUACUUUUUAUCAAUUAAAUUACACAAACGUUUGUAAAUUAUUGAAAAUAUGCCACUGUUAUUGGACUUUACUUAAUUAAUUACUAAUAUCUACUGGAAAUAAUAAUUUAAUAACAGAUAUUUAUUUUAAAAUGAGGGAUUUGUGUCGGGAACUACAAGACAAAACUGACAGAUUAUCAAUUUUAUUUGGUUAUAUCAUAAUUGUUAUAAUAAACAUUUUUAGAAUAUAGCAACAAUAAAGAAAUAAAAUGUUUA